CUGGAAUAAAAGUCUUCACUUCCUCGAUUGUUUCAUUUCAUUUUGUCUUUCUUCUGUAUAAUAACAACAAUGUUGUCUCUGUAAUCCUUUCUUCAAAUUAUCUUCUUCCACCAUUUUAUCUCUUUCUUUCAGAAGAUAGAGAUCAGAUGGCUGUAACAUCCUCAUCUUCCUUGUUCAAUAACAUCAUAAUCACUAGUUCUUUUGAUCGUAGGCCAUUGCUUGGUUACUUACUCUCAAAUUCACAAAUCCUUCAUAAACAAACCUCAAGAAGAUUAUCUUAUUCUAGGGUUUACUGCAAUUCUCAUGUAGAGGAGCUAAAACCACGAAAAUGCUCUCCAAUUCUAGAGAGUACAUUACUUUCAAAUGAUAAGGUAGUGUCUACUGGUGACUGGAAGGUAGUUCCUGAUAUUUGGAGGUCUACCACGGAAAAGUAUGGUGAUAGGACAGCGUUAUUGGAUCCGUAUCAUGAUCCACCUUCAGAGAUAACUUAUAAACAGCUGGAGCAGGACAUAUUGGACUUUUGUGAAGGACUACGUGUUGUGGGAGUAGAGCCAGAUGAAAAGAUUGCUCUCUUUGCUGACAAUUCAUGUCGAUGGCUGAUUGCUGACCAAGGCAUCAUGGCGACCGGGGCAAUCAAUGUUGUACGGGGGACAAGAUCAUCUGUUGAAGAGUUGUUGCAAAUAUACAGUCAUUCUGACAGUGUUGCACUUAUCGUGGACGAUGCAGAGUUAUUUAAGAGGAUUUCAGAAACUUUCAUCUCCAGAGCAGGUGUAAGAUUCAUUGUUCUUCUGUGGGGUGAUAAAUCUUGCUUAGGUAACGGUGCAGUAGAUGGGAUUCCUGUGUAUGACUACAAGGGAAUCACAGAUCUGGGUAAAGAAAGUCGUACAACCUCGCUUGAUUCUGGUGAAGAUGGUGGCAGGAGAUAUGCUUAUGAAGCUAUCGACUCUGAUGACAUUGCUACACUUGUAUACACAAGUGGAACAACCGGCACCCCAAAAGGUGUUAUGCUCACACAUCGGAAUCUAUUGCAUCAGAUCAAAAACUUGUGGGAUAUCGUACCUGUCGGGCCUGAUGAUAGAUUUCUGAGCAUGCUUCCACCUUGGCACGCAUAUGAGCGAGCUGCUGAGUAUUUCACAUUUGCUUACGGGGCUGAGCAAGUAUACACAACUGUCAAAAAUCUGAAGGAAGACUUGCGACGUUAUCAACCGCACUACCUAAUUUCUGUUCCUUUGGUAUAUGAGACACUCUACAGUGGAAUUCAGAGGCAGAUUUCUACAAGCUCAACCAUUCGAAAGCUAAUAGCACUUACUUUACUAAAGAUUAGUAUGAUGUACAUGGAGGCAAAGCGAGUACAUGAGAAGUUGGACUGGAAAAGCUCAGUACUGCAAACUCUAGCUAACUGUGAUAUUGGGAAGUUUCUCACGAGAAAUCAAAAGGCACAGCCACUCUUUAUUUCAAUGCUAGACCUGUUGUGGGCAAGGAUUACCGCUGCAGUUUUGUGGCCAUUGCAUAUGUUGGGGAAGAAACUUGUCUACAGUAAAAUUCACUCAGCAAUAGGAAUCUCAAAGGCUGGAAUAAGCGGUGGUGGAAGCCUGUCAUUGCAUAUUGACAGAUUUUUUGAGGCAAUCGGCAUCAAAAUACAAAAUGGUUAUGGUUUAACAGAAUCAUCUCCGGUUGUUGCUGCUCGAAAGCCUGACUGCAACGUUCUUGGCUCGGUUGGGCACCCACUGAAACAUACAGAAAUUAAAGUUGUAGAUUUGGAGACUGGUGAAGAUCUCCCAGCUGGUUAUAAAGGAAUUGUCAAAGUUAGAGGACCACAAGUGAUGAAGGGUUACUACAAGAACCCUGCUGCUACGAAAGAGGUCCUCAAUGAAGAUGGCUGGCUUGGAACGGGUGACAUAGGUUGGAUUGCUCCUAACCAUUCAAUAGGACGAAGUAGUAAAUGUGGGGGAGUGGUGGUUCUUGAAGGGCGUGCGAAGGAUACAAUAGUUCUUACAACAGGUGAAAAUGUUGAACCAUCGGAACUAGAGGAAGCUGCCAUGCGGAGUAAACUCAUUCAACAAAUUGUUGUCAUUGGCCAGGAUCAAAGGCGACUUGCAGCUUUAAUUGUUCCAAAUAAAGAAGAGCUUUUAGCCGAAGCAAAGAGGCUGUCAAUUUUAGAUGAUAAUGCCUCUGAACUCAGUAAAGAGAAAACAACUAACCUUUUGCAUGGGGAGUUGAGUACAUGGACUUCGGAAUGCUCAUUCCAGAUCGGACCAAUACUAGUCCUUGAUGAACCUUUUACGAUUGACGGAGGUUUGAUGACACCAACCAUGAAAAUAAGGAGAGAUAAAGUUGUAGCUAAAUACACAGAUGAAAUCCGCAAACUUUACAAGAAGAUACACAAAUACAAGAUGUAUUAAUUUUGGUUGAUAAAAUGUUGUAUCAAAGAUUUGGAUCCUUUCAUGAUUAGAAAUGUAAACCCCUCAAACAAGUAAAAGUGAAUAAAAAUGGAAGCCCAGGUCAGCCGAUUGCGCGACUUAUCCAUCAAGCUGAUUAAUCAGGAAA